AUGAAACCUGUCAAAUGUUGGAUUGAGCCAAGGGAAAAUUUUCAACUUUUAGAGGCUAGAAAUUGUUUGCAGAUGAAAUGUGCUAAUGUUUCAGCAGUGGACUAUCAUGGAAACAUAGUCUAUCGUGUUGGAUUCAAAAUCGGCGGCGGCAUUGACCAGGAUCCAUCCUGUGCUCCGUUCAAGUAUCCUGACCAGGGCAUCUACAUUACUCACAUCGACGAAGAUUCGCCUGCUGCUCGAGCCGGUCUCAGACGACACGAUAAGAUACUUUCGGUGAACGGAUUGGACUUCACGCUUCUGACCCAUGAGAGAGCGGUCAAAUAUAUCAAGAAAUAUGCGGUGCUUGACAUGCUUGUCGCUCGAGCCGAACUACCAGCUCUCCAUUGA